AUGGACUAUUCAAACAUCUCCAACGAUCCCGAGCACCCCGUGGAGGGCUCGCCCUGGGGCUCUCCGCGCGCUGACCGCAAUACAUUCCCCACCUCCAACAAUAGCGACAUCCCAUCAUCCCCGUUGCCAAGCCACGAGCAGUCUGCGGAGGAAGCGGAUGGAAGCCAAGCAGGAGCACCACAAUCCCCAGACCUCUCUGCGCAGCUUCAAAGUGCCCAAUUGGGAGACCCCGAUUAUGCCCAAGGACAGCCUCAGUUUGCGACGCAGCACCCUUCAACCGGAGACCAGCAGCAAUCGCAGUCCCCCGCACGUCAUCAGACUGGACUACGUCAACCCUCUCGACCCCCAGCACCGCAGUAUAAGAUCCAAGGAAAGAUCACUGGCCUAGAGAGGACAGGCAAGAAAGAUCCUAUUCUCCGUUUCGAUAUCCACACCAAUAUCCCCAAGUUCCGCACAACCCAGUAUCGUGAUGUCCGCCGAACCCACGCCGAAUUCACAAAGCUCGCCGACCAUCUGAUCUCAGCCAACCCCGAAGCUCUAGUCCCGGCCGUGCCUCCUCCAGUGACCCCAGCCGGCGCCGGUACCGACGAAGAUGAAGCCCGCAUCAAAGCAUCCAUGCAGCGCUGGUUGAAUGCUGUUCUCUGUAAUGAAGUGCUCAUUCAAGAUGAUGAGGUCGUGCUUUUCGUCGAGAGCGACUUCGGCUACAGUCCGGUGGUCCGCAUGAAACAGCCAGCUACUGGUGUCCGGCGCAAGAUGUUGAAGCAAUUUGCACCUCCCCCCGAUGAUACCCCCGAGCUCCAAGCUUCUCGCCCUGCGGUUAAGAUGUUUUACUUGGGAGCAAUGGACUCUAGCCAUAAAGUAGACCGAGUCGUCAAAGGCCGUCGAGGCCUCGGAUUGGCUGAAUCCGAUUUUGGCGUCAAGAUUGGUCAGCUGAGCGUACAGGAAACGCAUCCUGGCUUGGGCACCGCUUAUCGCAAAUUGGGCAAAGUUAUUCAGACCGUGGGUGACUAUCAUGCAGUACAGGCUACCGCAGAAGCCACAACCCUCGGGGAGCCAUUGAGCUACCACUCCUCGGAUGCCUUCAUUGUUAAGGAGACCCUGACAAAUCGACACAUUUUACUUCGCGAGCUCCUCCAAGCCCAGCAAAAUGCUCGCAGCAAGCGCGCCGCCGCUGAUCGACUGAAAGUCAGCUCAUCAGUUCGCCCAGACAAGGUUGACGAAGCAAUCAGUGCCCUCGAGGAGGCUCAAAACCACGAAGAAUACCUGACCAAACGCACUCAGCGUGUCACUGCCAACCUACUGCAAGAGAAGCGUCGCUGGUUCGAUCGCACCACGGAUGAACUUCUUGUUAGUCUUCGAGAGUACACUUUGCGCCAGAUCGAUGCAGAGCGGCGAACUUUGGCAACGCUCGAGAGUGUCCGCCCCGAUAUCCGAUCUAUUGACGCUUCCGGUGGUUUGAGUCGGCUGGGCCGGGAGGCUCAUCCAGCACAACGUCGACCCAAUGUUGCAUCUAGCCAGGGCCCUAAGGGUGACUCCUGGAGCGGCGUGCCCCGUCGUACUGACAGCAUGGGCCGCAGUAUGAGCGGCAGCUUUACUGCACCUGCUCUCAAUGAUGAGGAUAGUGAAGAAGGCAAAUCUGGCCAAGGACGCGUGCGUUCUACAAGUAAGGUUGAUUCCAUUGCAGAGGAUGAUGAUGAUCGACUGGAUGCUCGCAAUGCCGCCAGCCGCCUGGCUACCAGUACAUUUUGA